GCGAAGACUGCCGCAUCUCGUCUUUGCCUCGGGGUUGGGCAUCUUCAUCCUACCUACCUACCCAUUCGGGCCAUUCCCAUAUUGAACCCUCCUGUUCUGCCAUCUCUUUGUUUCUCUCCGUCUCGGCUUUCGAUCUUCUCCUUCUCCGAACCCGACCAGCUGGAUCUCAUUGCCGACGCCGACGGUGGCGCUAGCCGCAGCAAUCGUCGUCUAACGCUCAUCCAGGCACCAGAAAGUCCCCGAGGCCCAGAACCGAGUCAGAUCGAUCGCCCCGGCCAGACGCCACAACCACCGCACAAUUGCCCGUUGCGCGCUAUCUCGAUCCACCUCACUUACACGCGCCGGCACCGCUCACGCCAGCGCCAACACCACCAUCAUCAUGUCCACUAAGCGGCAGUCCAUUCGCAUGUCCAUCCUGAGCCAUUUCAAGCGGUUUCGUCCGGAACCCAAGGAGGACAAAGAAAAGUCCACUGAGAAGAAAAAGCUGUCGAAGCGAGCGACCUACGUUCCAACCCACGCCGCCAAAGAUGCUGCCAGGGGCGCCGCCAUCCGCGAAGCUGAGAUAUCCCGUGUCCGCGAGGAGCACUACCAGCGAUCUUAUUCGGCUCUAGAAGGGCGAGAGAUCAAGUUGACCAUCGGACGCUUCCCAGGGGCCGCCAGCCACUUGUCCAACUACACAUACGCCAACACCACAGGCGCCAACACCACACGGUGCAAUACCAGGUGCUCCAACAGCGAUGACUCCGGCUACCAAACACCUGCCUCCAGCGUUGGCUCUGCCUAUCCUAGGCGCGGCUCCUUCGAUGCGGGGAGUUUCACCUCACGGCUGAUCUCGGUCCAAGGCAAGGAAAUAGAUCGCAGUACGUUCUACUCUCCACGGCAAACCCUGUCAUCCCACCAAAGAGGACCUUCGCCCUAUGGGAGCUCAAGAACGUCUUUGGAUGUAGUCGAAAUCAAGCCGCCUCGUCCCAUCCGCGGAACUGAGACCGACGGAGUUUCUCGACCACCUAUCACCGCUUCCAACCCCCAUCGUUUACACCCGAGGGCUCGAAGCUCGUCCGACGCCUCCUCCAUAGAUCGAGCUACCUUGUCCCAAGCCCCUCGGGCUGUCAGCACGCCACUCUCUCAGCAAAGCAUACCAUCACCAUCAGCGGCGCCCGUAUCUCGACCUUCGAGUCAAUCUAACUCGCGCAACCCUAGCGGAUUUUCUAGUUUUUGGGAGCGACACUCACGACAAGGAUCUGUCUCCUCCCUCCCUUCACUCACUUCUACCCCGGCCAAACCUCAGUCGUCAGGUUCAGGCCCCAUUACACCACAAAGCAGGUCUACUACACUAGACUUCUCGGGAUUCAAUCUCGACCCGAAUCAUCAUUCUUCUCUCCUUGGUCCUAAUAUUCAGUUCGAUAAAGUGUCGCCUGAGAGCGACGUUUUGGAUUUAGAAAACAAAAACCACCAACGUCGAGCAUCCCUGUCGCGAUAUCAAGCGAAGAAAAUUAUUGAUCCCAGCGUGGACCAACUGGACUUUGGUCUUCUUCAAAAGCAAGAGCUUCCUCAGCAACAAGAUCUUCCACGGGAGCUAGAUGUUCCUCAGGAACUAGAUAUUCUCCAGAGACCAGAAUCUCCCCAGGAACCAGAAUCUCCUCAGGAACCAGAACAUCCCCGGGAACGAGAGGUAUCCCCAGAACGAAGCCUCCCGCCACCUCCCCUAACUCCCGAGGAGAUCAUGAACAGAUUUUCGGUAUCAGUUGCCCUCCCGGUCGCUCCGCCCGGGUCCCGCCGCUGGAGUCUAAGCAAGCCUAGCGGCAAGCUGCUUCGGAAGACCCGACGCGUUGACUCCAAGAGACUGGGGGGAGAAUGGGGGACUCCUACUAGGUGAAUCGGGGCUAGUGCGAUCUUCAUCACUAUUCUCGGCGCUCUACUGCAGGUCACGGAGCGCGCCCUUCGAUUGCGAAGGUCUAGAAUCUGGGACUAGUCGCGGGCAAACGCCACACAAAACGGACGGCGCAUGACUUUCGGAUGCUUUUUUAACAGCAUAGGAUUAUACCACUGGUGACUUUCCUUAUUACUAGCGUUUAUUUUGUUUUCUAUAAUAUGGGUAUGAUACCUGGCCAAAAAACACUUCCUUUGUUUGGGUUUUUCUAUGUAAUAUGCGGCGGCCCGUUGUGGCUUGAAAUUCAGAAUAUGGUUUUCACCGUUAUUUUUAGACGGGUAGUGAUGACAGUGAUACAUGUUUCAACGUGCGGUGAUUAUCGAUUGAUUGUCUCG